AUGGCCGCAGAGCCCACGAUUCCCAUGCCGCCUCGCGAGCUCGAGGAGAUCAACAUCAUCGACAACUCACUCACAUUCCCCACGUUCACCGCAAACACAGCCUGGACGUUGGGAUCACUCCUGAGGACCCGGCUACUUCCUUUCUCCAAGCCCGUGGUCAUAGACAUCAGCCUCGCGAACAACAAUCACUGUCUCUUUCACGCAACGACACACUCCGGAACAGCUCCUGAUAACGGUUCGUGGGUUGCUCGCAAAAGGAAUACGGUGCUUCGGUUUGGCGUGUCAUCAUGGUACUUGCACAACAAGUUCAAGGGCGAUGAGAGCGCCUUUGGUGCCAAAUAUGCCCUCGGCGCACGAGCUGGGGAGUAUGCUAUCCAUGGCGGUGGCUGGCCGGUCAGAGUGCAGGGUGUUGAAGGUGUGAUUGCGGUCAUUGUGGUUUCAGGUCUGAAGCAAGAGCAGGAUCAUGGUAUCAUCGUGCAGAUCGUGAGGGAGUAUCUCGAGGAGCUAGGCAUUGAAAUGGGCGAGAAGAAGAAGGAGGAUUGA